CUACUGAAUGUCGAAUGUUUUUUAUAAUGGUAUGUACGUAUAUGUAUGUGAUGCAUCAGCUGAUAUGUGUCAAAAAAGACCGCCUUGCUUUUGUCGCGUAGUUAUGGACAGUCGAUAUUUUUAGAUACUCUUUUCAGAAUAUCGACGUACAUAUUUUACAGGUAUUCAUAGAAAAGAAUUCACCGCAUUAUGAUUAAAAUGACUAAAAUAAUAUUUUAAAAUAUAAUUUCAUCGAAAUAUACUACAUCGAUGCCGAUGUAAACUUUGAAACUAUGUAUGUAACAUUGUUGGCAACUAGCGCCAAAUUAAAUCGCUUCAAAUCGAAUUACGUCCGAAUUAUCGCGCCGUAAUGAAUCGCAACGAAUGGAAUCAUAUCAUAAUGGAAUUAAAUAAUGGAAUUAAAUUGUAUCAAAUCUAAUCAUGUUGACUUGACGCGACGUGCAGGCGUUACUGUUAUUCGUUUACACUCGAAUUUUGCUACAGCGAGGAAGAACGAGCAUUCAUUCGAUUAUAGUUAGGACGCGUAUCGAUAAUGGAAUAUGAACGAGAAGAAAAGUCUUGGUUCGGAUUCGUAAAUAAAAUUGAUCGCAACAAACGAAUUUUUACUCCCUUGGCACAUGAAUGUUUAAAGAGGAAAUGCAUCGAAGCUUAAACUGGAAAGGUUCAACUGAAUAUUGAAUAUCGAAUAUAACAAUGGCGAAGAGGUUUCUAGGAACAAUACCGAUACGGUCAACACAGUACAGAUGUUAACAACGAAUCGUUCAAGACGGCAUUUUAACUGAUCGGAAUACGGAUACGAAUACGAAUGCUCUUCACUCGUCACUCGCACUCCCGGCUAAUCUUUCAAUCUUCCUCCGUCAGUCUCUCCGUCGAUCGAACUUUCGCAAGAAAGAAUGGAUUGUGCAUCUUUCGACAGUCUCAUUGAUCGGAUUAACCUUCCCUUUUGUUUUCUUUUCCGUUGAUAAAACGGCUCGAGACAGGUAAUAUCUAUCAUCGAAGAAGAAACUAGUAUAGUACCAAUAUGGAUCAAAACAGAAACAGACCUAGUAGACCACGUCUUCGUUCCCAUGGGAAUUCUGCCAGGGUACUGGUAUUCGAUCAGGCAGAGAGCGAAGAAUCUGCUUGUAGCACGGAAACGGAUACUCAGAGACACCCAGUACCGUCCAAAGUAGAAAGCAAGGAAGCCCCAGUUCGCCCUGUUAGCGGAGAACUGUCGAAUUUGGUUAGAAUGAGAAACUCUGCGAUCGGGAAGUCUGCUCCUUCUUUAUCUGUUCACGUGCGUGACUUUAACAUCUCUCGCCGCGCUGCCAAGGCAGUGCAUCGUAAAUCGUUCAUUGCAACAACCUCUCCGACUUUACCACGCUGUCACUCACCAUUAUCAGCGUUCGUCCCGAUUGUAGGCAGUCCCCUAGAGAGUCCUAGGAUGUCGUCCAGUCCACAUUUUGCUUUUGCUCCGAUUAAAAGCAAAGAAAAGAAAAUGCCGAUGCAAACUAAAUUAAAGUCUGAUACGAUGAAAAGAAAAGGAAGAACAUGGGUAAUCAGUGGAGGUGCGACAGGAACGGGGGAUGGCAGAAGAUGGUCAGUUACUAGCUUGCCGUCUAGUGGAUACGGAACGACGCCAGGUUCCAGUAACGUUUCGUCACAGUACUCGAGUCAAGAACGUUUGCAUCAACUUCCAAAUGUUCCAACCAAGGACGAAUUGCGUAUGCUUUCUUGUCAUUUCUCUAAGCCUGGCACACCGUGUUCUUCGCAUCCGGGAUUCCCAGGUUCUAGUAUCUCUAGUAUUCCUGGGAGCGUGUCCCUCAGUCUCGACGAGGAGGGUCGCAGAUCACCGUUACACAGACCGCGUUCGCGAAGUUUGAGUAGUCCAAGUCGGUCCCCCGUGUUGGACAGCGAAAUCGUUAUGAUGAAUACUCUUUACAAGGAACGAUUCCCAAAGGCAACGCAACAGAUGGAAGAACGUUUGACUAAUUUUAUAAACGAAAACAAAGAAUUGGACGAGUACGAAGUGAUGGCAAAUAUGACCCAAGACUCUUUGCCGAUUUUGCGAUUCGUGCAUCAUCAAGUAAUCGAAAUGGCAAGAGAUUGCUUACAAAAAUCUCAGGAGAAAUUAAUUACAACUAGGUAUUUUUAUGAAAUGAGUGAGAAUUUAGAACAUUUGUUAAUGGAGACAAAAGAUAAAUCGCUCGAAGCGGCAACGAGAUUAACGGGGCUAAUUAAGAAAUUACUGUUGGUAAUAUCUCGGCCAGCUCGUCUCUUGGAAUGUUUAGAAUUCGAUCCAGAAGAAUUUUAUCAUUUGCUCGAACAAGCCGAAGGACAAGCAAAAAUUAACGCUGGAAUAAAAACGGAUAUACCUCAGUAUAUUAUUAAUAAAUUAUCUUUGAACAGGGAUCCAAUAUCGGAACUGCAAGAAGAUUUAAAUAAACUGGAAGAUUCAGCAAGUUCGAGCGAUAGUAAUUUACAAAUUGCGUCCAGUCCGAAUAAGGAGGACGAAAAGUCUCAACGCAUUCCAUGCGAAAGCGACUACGAAGUAUUGAAGCUCAUAAGCAACGGCGCGUACGGUGCUGUCUAUUUAGUUAAGGAGAAAACCACGCGGCAAAGGUUCGCCAUGAAGAAGAUAAAUAAGAAUAAUUUAAUGUUGCGAAAUCAAGUAGAGCAAGUUUUCGCUGAAAGAGACAUAAUGAGCUUUACGGACAAUCCGUUUGUAGUUUCUAUGUACUGUAGCUUCGAAACAAAAAAGCACUUAUGCCUAGUAAUGGAAUACGUAGAGGGAGGAGAUUGCGCGAAUCUUUUAAAGAAUAUCGGUCCACUGCCACCAGAUAUGGCAAGGUUUUAUUUCGCGGAAACUGUGUUGGCCGUCGAAUACCUGCACAGCUACGGUAUUGUUCAUCGCGACUUGAAACCCGACAAUUUACUUAUUACUGCCCUUGGACACAUUAAACUUACAGACUUUGGUCUGAGUAAAAUGGGUCUCAUGUCCCUGGCGACAAAUCUUUACGAGGGAUACAUCGACAGGGACACGAGACAGUUCUCGGAUAAACAGGUAUUCGGCACACCCGAAUAUAUCGCCCCCGAAGUUAUACUUCGUCAAGGAUACGGUAAACCCGUCGAUUGGUGGUCCAUGGGCAUUAUACUAUACGAAUUUCUGAUUGGCUGUGUCCCAUUUUUUGGCGAUACCCCGGAGGAAUUGUUCGCUCAUACGGUCAAUGAAUCGGUUGAUCGCGUAGACGAUAUCGAGUGGCCAGACGAGGAUGACUGGCCUGUUCAACCGGAGGCUAAGGAUAUUAUAACAGCGUUGCUGCAACAAAGUCCCAGAGAUCGACUAGGCACCGGUGGAUCUCACGAAGUGAAAGAGCACUUAUAUUUUUACGGAGUAAAUUGGAACAGUUUGCUCAGACAAAAGGCUGAAUUCGUGCCACAAUUAGUCAACGACGAAGAUACAAGUUACUUCGAUACUCGUAUGGAUAGAUAUAAUCACGAUAUAGGCGACGAUACCGACGACACCGACGAUUCCCCUUUAUUCGGAUCGUUCUCCUCCUACUCUCCUCAGUCAAGAAAGAUAUCUCAAACCCGUCCACCGCAGCUGAAUCCCGAAUCAGAGUCGGAUUCUUCGAAGAAACAAUUAUUCCGUUCCGAGCUCGAGCGUACGGUCGCGCAAUUGUCUCUUGGAUCUAAUAAUUCGACGACGCCACCAUCCAAAUUGAUCGAGUCGACUCCGUCGGAUAAGAGCCGGUUUUCUUCGUCCAUUAAAAGUAGUACGUCUAGCGAGACACCGCCCAAGCCAGACAAAUCGAACACGUCGUUCGCUAGUCCUGCUACGGUAACAAGCGGCGAGUCACAAUUGACGGUUAUCAAGAAUAAUCAAAUCGAAGGAACGUCGAUCAACUUGAGUACACCCGAUUCGUCGCAGACCGAGUCGGAGGAUAUUAGUCCGCAGAUUCAGAGAAAGCGACACGUGCACUCCCGGGACAAGCUGCCCAGGUUCAGUAUAUGCGUUGAUGAUGAACACAUGUUGGAUCUGAUCGCUGCGAACCGAGAUACGACCGAAGAGAGCAAACAUAAUUCUAGUACCGAUUCGUUCGAGUCGUUUAGCGCAAUGCCAAUCGUACCGUCUGCAAAGCAUAAGUCACGGUCCGUUAUUAAAUCCGCGUCUACCAGUGGAUUGUCGCUCGUAAUACCUACCAGUGAUUUUUCUUACGAUGCGUCGUUGAAUACUCAACCGAUCGAAUCUCCCGGUGGAUCGUCCACUGCUUCUUCGAGAGACACGUCACCUUGUCGGGAAUUGAGCCCUUUGGUAACUAGUUUGAAACCACCUAUAAUCAUUCGAAGAGGACCGUGCGGAUUUGGUUUUACCGUGCACACGAUAAGAGUGUACUACGGUGACAGUGACUUUUAUACGAUGCAUCAUUUGGUUAUGGCGGUCGAUCAGUCGAGUCCUGCGUUCGAAGCUGGCUUGAGACCCGGAGAUCUCAUAACUCAUAUAAACGGCGAACCAGUACAGGGACUGUAUCAUAUACAAGUUCUUCAAUUAAUGCUGAGCGGUGGGGACCACGUGACAUUACGUAGUACACCGUUAGAGAAUACCAGCAUAAAGACGGGAGGACGAAGAAGGGAUUUGGCCCAGAGUAAAAUGGCACGCAGAACGUUGCACAAGCAACGCAAACAGAAGCGUGAUCAUUCCGAUAAGAAACGAAAAACGUCCCUUUUUAAACGAAUUAGUUCGAAACGGGCUAGCGUAGAGAUGCAACAGCCAUUAACUAUCAGUUGUCCAUUGUCAGCACCCAUUCUAUCCAGCGACAGCAAACCUCCACUUAUGAUGGCCGCUGGAAUGUGUUCUCCGUCGAUGGUUACCCCUAGCCGAUCGUUCCAGUCGUUUACACGUUCCCAGGAGUCGUCGCCGUAUUUUGCAGCCUGCACAAAGUCCGUUUGCAGCCCGUCGCCGCCAACGAAUCGCGUCAGCUCGGACUCUUAUCAUUCGACAGGCAAUUCGAGUCCUUGCUCCAGCCCGAACUCUUCGUCACCGGGUUCUACAACGUCCGCUGCCAACUUACCGACCAUUUCGAAUCAAUCUCAUUACCAGAGACCAAGUACUCUACACGGUUUGAAGCAUAAGUUACAUACCGCAGCGAAAAAUAUUCAUUCGCCGAAUCGUAGAAAAUCCGUGGGACACAUUCCGUUGUCCCCGUUGGCGAGGACUCCGAGUCCGUCGCCGCUUCCUGCCAGUCCUACCAGGAGUCCAAGUCCAUUAGCGUUUCCUACGGGACAUCAGCCUGGUAGCUCCAAUACGACGCAGUCCUAUAGUCCAGGUGUCUGCUUGGCAACGCCGAACAACCAGAAAAAAGGCUAUGGACGACCAAAGUCUGCGGAGCCAGGUUCUCCGUUACUUCGAAGAGCUCUUAGUCCAGACAGACUCCAUCCUCGGUCCGCCGAAAAUAAGACAUCGAUAUCGCCACUGGCCAACACGAUAGUGAAGGUAACUCCCCGGGUAACCAUAGCGCAAUCUUCCUACGCGGAGACUUCCGAGGAAAGCAACGAGAACUUCAAGGAUAUGAACGACGCGAAAACGGAGAAGAAAGUGGCAGUGGAUCAGAAAAGCGAUUACUCGAAAAUAUCUCACGGGAUAUCGAUCAACUUGGGUAACGUGGGUAUGUCGAAUUCGUGCGGCAGUACGCAACUGCCUAGAAUAGCGGAGGAGAAAGACUCGCCGACUGGUUCCAAGGCCGACGAUUACUCGACGAAGGAGGUUCUGCCUUUGGACAAAAGCAAUCCUUUCGCCGGUAAAUCGACGGAACCGGAGAACUCCGUGGUAGAACGCAGUGAUCGCCGCGAAUACGAAUCGAUGGCGGAGGAACAAAAGUCGAGUACGAAGAACACGGAAGCGGCAAUUUAUAAAUCGGAGAACGCUGCUCGAACCGAAAACUUUUCUCUCCUACAAGCGCGUAGUUUACAGAACAACGCGGCUCCGAAGCAACUUCAGGGUUCCAACGAGAAAAGCUCGCAAGUCUCCUCUCAGAAGGUAUCGUCUCAGAACAACGAGAAAGGUCCGCAGAUACCGUUUCAGAAAACGUCGUUUCAAAGCACCGAGAAGAACUCGCAGUCUUCGUGUCAGAAAACGUUGCAAAACAGCGAGAAAAGUUUGCAGUGUUCGAUGAAAGUUUCGACGCAGAUGGGUGAGAAGGGUGCGCAAACUGGCUCGUUAAAGCCUCAAGGUGGCGAGAAAAGUUUAGCGAGUGAAACGGCAGGCAAACAGAAACAGCUUCAAGGCAACGAGAAAACGGUCGUGUCGCAUAAAGCGAACGAACAGAAAGCGGUUGGUAAAAAUACGGAGAUCAGCGCGGAAGGUAGAAAGGUAUCGAAGAAACACAAAGUCGAUAGUUCGGACGGCCCCGGUAACGCUUCUUCGAGCAACUUCGAGGCCGGUGGAUCUGGAAAGGAUAAGAAAAAUAAUUAGAACCGAAAAUUUGUUUUCUGGACGAUCGUUUAUUAUCGAAUCCUAAAUCGUAAGCGAUUUCUGCCAAUGAAACGAAUAGUCUGUAUCUUUUCUUUUUCUUAAAAAACAAGAAAAAAGGAAAAAAAAAAAAGAAAG